AUGAUAUCUUCAAAUACUAUGGAAAAUUCGAUGAUUGAUGAUCACUUUAGUGAAGAGGAUUUUGACGCAAUAUCUUACGUUCGGGACCAGUUAAAGGGUAUGAAAAGUGGCGAUGAAACACGACAGUUGCAAGCAUUUCACGCUAGAUUAAAUGUAGCUAAUGCACAAUCAUCGGAAUUAGUGAAGAAGAGUGUCUUUUUGAAUUAUAAAAAGUUCAUCGAUACUGCCAGAGAAGUUUCAUAUCUGGAACGGGAAAUAUAUGAACUUUCAUCACUGUUAUCAGAUCAACGGAUGCUUAUUGAAACACUGAUGCAGAUGACUGGGGAAGAUCGUUCUUCCAUUGGAACUGCCAGUCUUCACACUUCUUCAUUCAGCGUUAACCCAAUGAAUGUAUUGAUGCAGAAAAUGGACGGUAUUGCUUCUAUGUUAAAUAAUUUACCAACUUCUGAUCGAGUAAUCAUGCACGGUGAAGUAGUUCAGUUGGACAGCGACAACAUGCGGCCACAACACAAUGUAAUGCUUAUUUUGUUAUCAGACCGACUACUCAUUGGACAACCAUCUUCAGGAAAAUAUCGUUUUCAGUUGGAAUCUUCACAUCCGUUGAAUAAUAUAGCAGCUGUUAAUAUCAAGGAUAGAGAAAAUGGCGAAACUGUGACCAGCAUGUUUAAGUUAUUGAUUUUUCCAGGACAAAGGUUUUUUCUUGCUGAAAAUGCCCGAAUUAAAAAAGAAUGGUUGGACUGCAUCGAGAAUGCCAAAAGAGAACUCCUUCAUGAGGGAUCAUUAGUACGUCAAGCAACAAUCCGUGGGAAACGUCGACAUGACCUGUCAGCGAAGAUGGAAUUAGGUAAUCAAUUUAUGCCGGUUGCGGAGUCGGUUGCUAUUAAAUCACCUGAUGAAAGUGCAUGGCUCAAUGAAUUGCCUGCAGAAUUGGAUGAUUGCAUUGCUCAUCGAGAUAUGGAACACGCGGUAGAGUUGAUAAUGGAAUGGAAAAGUUGCAACACAAAAGAAGCAACAAUUGAUGCACAGCUGAUACUUCGUGAAACCCAAAUUGUGCAGUUACUUAGCGAAGAGGUUCGUCGUCCAGGUGCUUUACAUGGUGGUCCUCGAGCUAUCAAGAAAGCAAUCAAUCUUUUAACGAUUCUUGGCCGAGCUUCACAAGCAGUUGACCUUUACUUGAAAAAAAGGAGCACAGUGCUGCGGACAACUACUCGAGAAUUGACAAUGAGUGAAGAACCAUUGUCGUAUGUACGACAGUUAUCACAACAAUUUUUAGAUGUUAUAUCAGAUGUUGUUAAGGAAUUCUUGAUGCAACCUGAACACUUUUCUCUUAUAUUGCAUUGGUGUUCUGGUGAAUUAAGUGUUAUGCUGUCUUUAAUACGAAAACAUGUUAUCGAGGUGGCACCAACAAUGGCAGUGCUUGCACAUACUUGGCGAAUAUUGAUGAUGCAUUGCGAUAAUUUAAUUACAGUUGGUGUUGAUUUGUCUUUUGAAGUACAUCGUCUGCUUGCACCAUCACUUAAGAUUGCAAUUGAAACAAAUUUUAGCAACAUAAUCGAAUCAGUUCGUCUUCGAGUUUCUGAAGAGCGUUGGAAAGCAUACCAUAUGGAAAGUGAAUCGAAUGUGAAUCGUUUUAUAGAGGAAAUGUCUGAUAUGGGACUGUCAGUUGAUUGGGCACUGUCUACCACGCAGUGUUCUUCCAUUAAUAUUACCCAGAAUGCCUGCCACUUUUCUCGGGUUGCCUUUAUGUUGGCUCGCGACCUUGCAAUGAUAAGAUCUUCACAUUUACGCUAUCUCACUGACUCCUUCAUGGUGAAGCUUUGGAGUGAAUAUUUAAAUCAUUUGAAAAGUGCGCCGCAAUCGUCUUUGCAACAAUAUACAUCAGUAUUUGUUAUUUCUCAAUUGUUGCCUCUCUGUGAUGCAAUCUACGAUGAAUCUGCACCAGGAAUAUUGUCCGAACUUUUGCAAACAAAAUUUGGAAUUUUAUUACGGUAUCGAGGGAAUUUUCAUGCGGCUUCUAGUGACGAAGACGUGGCACAUAUUUAG